GCCGACACCAUUCGCAUUCUUGUCGCCACUGACAAUCAUGUCGGUUACUGUGAGGGUGACGCCAAGCGCGGCGAUGACAGUUGGAAGACCUUCCACGAGAUCAUGUGCCUUGCCAAGGCUCGCGAUGUCGACAUGGUCUUGCUCGCUGGAGACUUGUUCCACGAGAACAAGCCAAGUCGCCAAUCAAUGUAUCAAGUCAUGCGUUCACUACGCCUCAACUGCUACGGGCCCAAACCGUGCGAGCUGGAAAUGCUAAGCGAUGCAAGCGAGAACUUUGCCGGCGCUUUCAACCAUGUCAACUACGAAGACCCGGACAUCAACGUCGCCAUACCAGUCUUCUCCAUCCACGGCAACCACGACGACCCCACCGGAGAAGGUACCCUUGCGCCACUGGACUUACUGCAAAUGUCGGGCUUGGUGAACUACUACGGCCGCACCCCUGAGUCUGAUAACAUUCACAUCAAGCCUGUGCUUUUGCAGAAAGGGAGGACGAAGCUUGCACUCUACGGUUUGAGCAAUGUCCGCGAUGAGCGGCUCUUCCGCACUUUCAGAGACGGCAAGGUCAAGUUCUACCAACCCGGCACUCACCGGGAGGACUGGUUUAACAUCAUGAGUGUCCAUCAGAACCACCACGCCUAUACCGAGACCGGGUACUUGCCUGAAAACUUCCUACCGGACUUUUUAGAUCUUGUCAUUUGGGGCCAUGAGCACGAAUGCAAGAUUGACCCCGUGACCAACCCUGAGACCAACUUUCGUGUGAUGCAGCCAGGGUCGUCUGUCGCCACUUCACUCGUCCCGGGUGAAGCCAAGCCGAAGUACGUUGCUGUUGUUAGCGUCACCGGCAAGGACUUCACAACUGAACCCAUCCGCCUCAAGACUGUUCGUCCGUUUGUGACAAGAGAGAUUGUGCUUGCUGAUAACAAGGAAAUGCGAGAGCUCGCAUUGUCUCCAUUGUCAUCUGUCGACAUGCGGCCAAAGAUUACGCGCUAUCUCCGAACUAUCGUUGAGGAGAUGAUUGAGGAAGCCAACCAAGAGUGGCUGGAGGCACGGCAAGAAGCAGGCGAGGAGGUGGAAGACGAAGAAGAUGAUCCUGCUGAGCAGCCUCUACCGCUCAUCCGUCUGCGUGUCGAGACCACUCCUCCAGAAGGUGGCAAGUUUGAGUUGGAGAAUCCGCAACGCUUCUCUAACCACUUUGCGGACCGGGUGGCGAACGUCAACGAUGUCGUUGCUUUCCACCGCAAGCGCUCGACUAGAGCUGGCACGAGAGCCGCUAAGCCCGAACUGCUCGACCCAGAAGUGAUGGCCGAUCUGCAAACCGACAGCGUCAAAGUCAGCAAGCUCGUUCAGGAAUACCUUGCGGCACAGUCCUUGACCAUUCUCCCGCAAAACAGCUUCUCGGAUGCCGUGACUCAAUACGUGGACAAGUCUGACAGUAAUGCCAUGACUUCCUUCGUAAAGCAGGCGCUUACUCUGCAGCAGAAGCAUCUCGUCUAUGGUGAGGAGGAAGAAGACGACAUGGAUGAGGAGAAGAUCUUCGAUUUGAUGGAGGAGUAUAAAGCGAGGCAAGAAACUGCGUUUGCAAAGGGUGAGAUGAAGAAUAGCAGCAGGAAGCGCAAAGGGAGCAGAAAGCCGAGGCCCAGUUUCUGGAAUAGCGAGGAUGAGGGCCAUUGGGAGGACAAUCCCGCAAGCAUUGCGCGAGACAAGGACGGCAAUCCGAUCGAGAGUGCGGAAGAAGAUGAAGAAGCUGAUGCUGCACCGAAGGGUAAGGGUGGAAGAGGCAGGGGCGGCAAGGCUGCAAAUGGAGCGACGCGGAAGACCCCUGCUACUGCUGCUAAGAAGGCUCCGGCGAAGGCAACAGGUGGCAGAGGCAAGGAGAAGGCUGCUGCAGAGGACGAAGAGGAGGAGGAAGAAGAAGAAGAAGAUGAUGUGGUCAUGCUUGACGAUGACGACGAAGACGAAGACGAAGCCCUCUUCGUGAAGCCAGCGGCUAAGAAGGCUCCCAUGAAAAAGCCUGCUCCUGCGCCAACCAAGGCUAAUGGCACUAGGGGCACACCUAAUGGCACGCAAAGCAAGUUGAACUUUGCUGGAAGCCAGCCUAAUGGCAGCACUUCGAGGGCUGGCGGUAGGGCUGCGGCAACGAAGGCUGCACCUCCCAAGCGUAUUAAGGAGCCGAGCGACGACGAGAUUAGUGAUGACGAUGCGUUUGAGACGCCUCCUGCUACUGCUGCGAAGAAUCGGGCGAGGAGAUGA